GCCAUAACCUUCAGUUAACGGGCAGCUGUGAUAUCAGUUAAAAUGGCGAAAAAACUGCAAUACUUCCAUUUGAACGGAUUAGCCGAGUCUAUCAGAUACAUCUUACAUUACACAGGACAUAAGUUCGAAGACGUAAGAUACGAGCUAGCCAGCUGGCCUAUCAAGGAAGUCAAAGAUGCUCUUCCAUUUGGUCAACUCCCUCUGUAUGAGGAAGGCAACCGAAAGCUGAAUCAGUCCUUAGCCAUCGCCCGUUACAUCGCCAGCCAGACUGGUCUCCUCCCCUCCGACCCCUGGGAACAGGCUGUGUUGGACUCCGCUGCCUUGAACGUAAACGACUUUUUUGCGAAGGUGGGCGUGUACAUCAAGGAGACAGACCCAGUGAAGAAGGAACAGGUUAAGAAGGAGCUUCUAACAGAGACUGCUGAUUACUAUCUGUCCAGGUUCGAGAAGCAGCUGAAGGCUAACAAGGGAUUCUUUGGUGGAAAGUUGACCUGGGCCGACUUCGUGCUAGUCGGAAUUAUUGAGACUGCCAACUUGUUCCUCAAUGCUCAGGUUGAGAAGAAGUACCCUUCGAUCAUCGCCCUCAUCAACCACAUUCGCUCCCUUCCCGGAGUCAAAGAAUAUAUCGCCACCAGAAAGCCAUACUCUGUCUAGGUUAAAAUAAAUUUAUUUGAAGAUCUUAAGAUAUCACAGUAAAAUCUUAUUUUAAGUU